AACCACGUGCCCAGCCAUAGAACUGCGCAUGCGCUGCUCUUUUCGAACCAACCCACAACAAACCAGAUUCAGAAAGAGUAAAUAGUGUCUACGCUACUGAAAUUCUAAAUACUCAUCAAUACUUGUUUACCGUAUCCCACCAACACACAUUGACCUGGUUUACUUAUGUAAGUUUAUAGUUUUUUCUUCUUCUGCCGCUGUGUGAAAUUGGUGUUCUACCAAUGUUCCUAUUUUGUUCAAGUUCAGUGUGACGGCAUUUUUCAUUAUUGGAUACGUGUUUUGAUUGUUGUUUCAUCAUUUGUUUUAUCCUGCGAUUGUUUCGGAUGACUUCCGUUCUGUACGCUUCGAAUACGCAGAUUCAGUGAUUCAUGCGAACAUGUGAGGGAUAGCUCCUAGAAUGACAUUUCAUCUUCAUUUGUGAAUAAAAUUUCUGAUUUACGUUCAAUGAAAUUCUCAUAGAACUUAUGCAGCAAAUUAAUUCUCUUCAUCAUUGAAAUAAGGUUGCAUGUCGUCAUGGGUACCGAGAUGAAUAACAAUAUGAAGAAAAAUCUCGCAAAUGGUCAUACAUCGAAUGGCCAUUGCAAAGCGCCUUUAACGAUUUUGGAAAUUCAAUGCUACGAUGCUCCGCUGGGUGCGGAGCGACAGCAUAUUGUAAAACUUGAAGACCUGGAGUAUUAUGUGAAGUCUAUGGUGAAAUCAGGAGGUUUCAAGGAGCAAUAUGAGAUGUUGCGUACGGGAGAGCUAAAAUCUUGCACUGUUGGAAAGUUGAGCGAACACAAAGCCAAAAAUAGAUAUCAAGAUCUUUUACCUUACGAUGACACCAGGGUUGUUCUACAUAGUUACAAAAAUGAUCGAAAUUCGACGUACAUCAAUGCUAACUACGUACAGAGUUACAGAAAAGGAUUUAAAUACAUUGCCACACAAGGUCCCCUAGGGAAGACGAUAACUGAUUUCUGGAGGAUGAUAUGGCAGGAAGAUGUGAAUGUCAUUGCCAUGACAGCAAACAUAAUAGAAGGUGGAAAGAAAAAGUGUGAGAAAUAUUGGCCGGAUAAAAUUCUAAAGACAGCCGAUUUGGUCAUCACACACCAAAACGAGAUGGUUUACUUGGAUUACACUGUGAGGACAUUCAAGAUUCAAAAGGUUGGCGUGUCUGGUCACCGCAUCAUCCGGCAGUAUCACUACACUUUGUGGCCCGAUCACGGAGUCCCCAAGUAUCCUAUGGCUUUGAUAUAUAUGCUGGAGGACAUGAAGGACUCUCAAAAGUCACAGCAAAAGUCAACGCCUUGGGUUCUUCAUUGCAGUGCUGGUGUUGGCCGAUCAGGAACAGUUAUGCUUCUUGAUUCAGCACUGGAGAUGUCCAAAGUGGAAGACAAAGUUGAUGCCCUUGGACUGCUCUAUCAAAUGAGGCAGCAAAGAAUUAACCUUAUUGAGACAGUGGAACAAUAUGCCUUUGUUCAUCGAGCUUUGGUGGAUUAUCACUUUGGGGAUAUUUCACGGAAGCCUGCUAGCGAAAUGGUGCUGUACUUCAAUAAGCUCAGGCAACAGGACCCGGAAACAAAGAAAACGGGUCUUGAAGUGCAGUUUGAGGGUUUGAGAAAACUUGAAUCAGAAGUUUUCCAACAGAAAUGCCUGACAGCUGUUACUCCUAAUAAUAAAACCAAAAACAGAGAUCAGUACAUUAUUCCACCGGAUGAUGGCCGACCUGUUUUGAAAACUAGUCCUCCUUCAAAUUAUAUUAACGCUGUCUAUGCUUACGAUUACGGGAAGCAGAAUCAAUUCAUUGCCACCCAGUAUCCAUUGCCAAAUACUGUCGCCGAUUUCUGGCAACUUUUGUGGGACUCAGGCUCAUGUGCAAUAGCUGUCCUGAAUGAAAUCAGCAACAAAGAUGAGAAUUGCCCUAUAUUUUGGCCGCAAUCUGGAAGCUUGUACCAAGGAAACAUCAAAAUUGAACAUUUAUCUUCAGAGCCAGAAUAUUUUGCUGGAGUUUUAAUUAGAAAAUUUCGAAUAAAAAAUCCUAAAGGGAAAAGUCGCACAGUGAAGACAUUUCACCUUUAUGGAUGGCGGAAAGAAGAGUUUGUUCCCCCCAACGUCGAUACAAUAGUGUCACUUAUUGCAAAGAUCGACAAGUGGACAAGAAAGAAUACUCCUUCACCAAUUAUUGUCACGUGCUACAAUGGUUGUAGAGCGUCUGGGUUUUACUGUGCUGCUGCUUACAUAGCUGGACAAAUCCAUGACACACGGCAGGCUGACGUGGUGCAGGCCGUACGAACAGUUAGAUUGCACAGACCAUCAUUUAUUCCUACAGUAGAUCAAUAUAGGUGGCUAUAUGAGCUAGCUUGUUUUCUGGUAUCUGAGAAGAUAUUGAAAUAACUAAUUUUGUUGGACUAAAUACUAGCAAAUAGAUGUAAAUCAGCGGCAUUUUGUUUCAUUGUGAAAAACAUCUUCCAGUAUUACGCUAUUAAACCACCGAAAUAUCAAAUUGUUUUCAGCCUCACAUUAUUUUCAAAAUUAUUUUUUACAUUUGUUAGAUUUUAUAAACGUUUAUGUCUAAUAAACUAAUUUUUUUCAAUAAUGUUUGCUGUCAUUUAAAAGAAGAAAGUAGAUAUUUUGAAAAGCAUGAGCUUUAAUUUAACAUUGAGAAAAUCGAAUAGCAUACAACAUUUGAUGCACACCGAAGGUAUAUUAUUCGCAACUCCAACAAACUAUAGGGGGCACUGCAGCCACCGUCUAAUGGCGGAUGAAAAAGGUAAAACAAACGCACGCCGUAGCGUAGAAAAUGCUAAUAAGCCAAGUAAUUUUUGUUUGUAUGCAUGACUUUUUUGUUUUAUUCUUUUUAAAUUAAUUUUCAAAGUCUUGUGGAUAUUCUGGCCCAUGUAAAAAGAAAUGAGAAUUCAAGAAGCAUUACUAAACAUUAGAAAUUAAUACAAAUUCCGUAGUUCGUAGUUGUAAGCAGCCAUUUCCACGAUGUUGAAUUCGAAAUUCAUCAAUUCUUGAUGAAAUUGCAUUUUUAUUGUAGCCAUAUGAACACUAUAAAUAUUUCAUGUAAA